AUGGCUGAACCAUUGUGUUCCUUAGGUCUUCUUCUCCUUUUCUGCAGCCUUUUCUUGAAAUCUCAGUCCAUUGAUUUUGUAUACAAUGGAUUCAGUAGAUCAAAUCUAGUCCUUGAUGGUUAUGCCAAAAUCAAGGAUAAAGCAUUAAAACUUACUGAUACAUCCCAGAAUGCAAUAGGCCAUGCAUUUUAUCCUAAGCAAAUUCCUAUGUUCAAAAACAGUAGCCCUAGUGCCUCUUCAUUUAGCACUCAAUUUGUAUUCCAAAUUGUCCCUUCUGAUGCUAACAGAGGGGGCUAUGGCUUCGCCUUCAUAUUAUCACCGUCGACACAACUUUCUGGGGCCGAGGGGGGACAAUACCUAGGAGUUGUCAACCCAUCAAAUGAUGGAAACUCUUCAAACCAUCUUUUCAUAGUCGAAUUCGACACGGUUAGUGGAUACAAAGAGAAAUCAGACAGGUACGGGAACCAUAUCGGAAUCAACACCAACGGAAUGGAGUCGAAGAUCUCGGAAUCCGCAUCGUAUUACAAAGGGUCGACUCAGAAAAAAGAAGAGGUGUAUUUGGAGGAGAAAGAUCCAAUUCAGGCUUGGAUAGAAUAUGAUGGAGGGGCAAAACAAGUGAAUGUAACAGUUGCACCUUUAUCAAUUUCCAAGCCAAUCAAGCCUCUAAUAUCUCUAUCAAUUGACUUAUCACCAGUGAUGAAGGAUUAUAUGUAUGCUGGAUUUUCAGCAGCCACAGGGAAAAAGGCAAGCUCUCAUUACAUCCAUGGAUGGAGUUUCAAGCUAAAUGGGAUUGCUGAUCCGCUUAAUGUUUCUCAGUUUUCUGCUAUACCAGCUGAAAAAUCAACUUCCUCCCAAAAUAAGUUGAAAAUACUUAUUUCCACUUUUUCAGUUGUGUUAUUUAUCUUAUUGCUGGCAUUGAUAAUUAAUUUUUUAUAUCGAAAGGUGGUGAAAUUCGAGGUUUUGGAGGAUUGGGAAUUGGAUUGCCCUCACCGGUUCCGGUACAAGGAUCUCCAUGUUGCCACAAAGGGAUUUAAGGAGGGAGAGAUCAUUGGAGUAGGAGGGUUUGGAACGGUUUACAAGGGCGUUUUACGGGCUAAUGGAGAUGAGGUUGCCGUGAAAAAGAUAACAUCGAACGACACUCUAAAAGGAAAGAGAGAAUUUGCAGCCGAAAUCGAAAGCUUGGGAAAGUUAAGACACAAAAACCUAGUCAAUCUUCGAGGUUGGUGUAAGAACAAAAUUAAUCUUCUUUUAGUAUAUGACUAUGUUCCCAAUGGAAGUCUUCAUUCUUUGCUCUAUAGUUCCAAGAAUGGCAAUGUUUUGAGUUGGGAACAAAGAUUCAAUAUCAUCAAAGGUGUCGCGUCCGGGCUGCUAUAUUUACACGAAGAGUGGGAGAAAGUCGUAAUCCAUCGUGAUGUGAAGUCAAGCAAUGUUCUGAUAGAUCACGACAUGAAUGCUCGACUAGGAGACUUUGGACUUGCAAGAUUAUACGAUCAUGGUCAAAAUUCACACACCACCAAUGUUGUAGGUACAAUUGGAUAUAUUGCGCCUGAAUUGACACGAACAGGGAAGGCCUCGAAAAGCACUGAUGUCUUUGCGUUUGGGAUUCUACUUCUUGAAGUCGCCUGCGGAAGAUUGCCAGUCACAUACGAACCAGACCAGAACGUCAUAUUAGUGGAUCGGAUUUUGGACUGUCUUCGAACUGGCAACAUUUUUGAUGCAGUCGAUCCCAAACUGAAUUCGACUUAUGCGGUCGAAGAGAUGGAAUUAGUGUUGGGACUUGGUCUUUUGUGCUCUCAUCGACUACCAGAACCGAGGCCCACAAUGAGGCAAGUGAUAAGAUAUCUUAACAAGGAUGAAAUUCUGCCAGUUUUUGAUAAAUUAAACUCAGUUGGAUCCAAGAGAACUGAUCAAAUCAGAUCAAGAUUCAUGGCUUUAAAAUUAGCUGAUGACAUUACUGUCACAACAUCAUCAAUUUACUCAUCUUCUGUAGGGGAUAUGUCUUCUAGUUCAUUUGAAAUCACUGGCUCUGGCAGAUGA